UGCGUGCACUGUCAUAGAUGCGACAUUUCUCUUUCGUUUUUGGGUGGAUAGCCUCUGAUGUCGUUUCUUUGACGUCCGUCGGACAUGCUACACUCUCAGGUGUUUUUCCACGAAUUCUGAUUGCGCAUACUGCUCCAUCAACCUCCGUCGAGCUUCGUGUAGGUUCCGGUUAGGUUACCCGAGUGCCUGAAUCCAGUAUUAAGCUUUGAAGGGGAGGUGAGGAGAGGGGACGGCGCCAUGGCUGCCGUGGAAGUGAUGAGGGCGAGGCUAUCAGUGCCUGCUGCAACAGGCAGAAGAGCUGAGCUACGGCACCCUACAUCCUCAUCUUCAUAUCUGACACUGGCAUGCAGCAAUUGCUCAUUCCCUUCUGUGUCGAUGAGAAGAGACGACCAGUUAUUGCCAAGGGCUAAUAAGAAGACAUCAUCAAAACCACUGCGCCUCUACAAUGAGCUCAUGUGCUCCUUUGUGGGCAGCAGCAUGCAGAGCUCCAUUGCAGGGGAAGGAAUGUUUUCUGCCUGGAAAGCUGUGGAGCGCACCCACCAGAGUUCCCAAUCCCGCGGCCGCCGUGGUGUCGUUACCAUGGUUAUUCCAUUCCAACGGGGAGAUGCUAGGCAGCAGCCACCUCCAGAUUUGCCAUCAUAUUUGUUCAAGAACCGGAUUGUCUUCUUAGCGAUGUCGCUCGUUCCCGCCGUCACCGAACUCGUCAUGGCAGAGUUGCUGUACCUGCAAUACGAUGACCCUGAGAAAUCCAUUUACAUGUACAUCAACUCCACGGGAACCACCAAGGAUGGCGAGAAGCUGGGCUACGAAACCGAAGCCUUCGCCAUUUACGACACCAUGCGGUACGUAAAACCCCCCAUCUUCACAUUGUGUGUAGGCAACGCUUGGGGCGAAGCUGCAUUGCUCCUUGCGGCAGGCUCCAAAGGUAACCGUGCUUGUCUCCCCUCUGCAACCAUCAUGCUUAAACAGCCAAUUGCCCAGUUCCGGGGCCAAGCUACCGACAUUGACAUUGCCCGGAAGGAAGUUCGGAAUGUGAAGGAAGAGCUCGUCAAGCUGAUCUCAAGACAUACAGGUCAGACUGUGGAAAAGAUCACCGACGAUAUCAGGCGACCCAAGUAUUUCAAACCCGAUGAAGCUGUGGACUAUGGCCUUAUUGACAAGGUUCUCUAUGCUGAAGGAGAUGAGAAGAGGAGUAUUGCUUCGGAUCUCAAAAAGGCGCAGCUCAUCUAAUUCAGCUCAUGUCACAAGUAUGACCCAGCCUUGGUCUCAUAGAGUAAUUAGCCACAUCGAAGCUGGAAUCAGUCCAGUUUCUUUCUGUAGAUCUGUAGGAAUGGUGAGCAUGUGUUGAUGAUUUUUUCCUUCAUGUUUUCAACACUGCAACAUUUCAUGUAGGCAUUCUAUCUUCACGUGAAAUCAGUACUCCAAUUCGACCAGA